CCUAAACUCUAACAUCCGGCAUUUAUUUCAAAUUCUCAAACAGUUUUUUUUCCGAGUUUUUGUUCAAGAAUUAGUCAUUAAGUUUAAGAUCUCCCGAGAAAAAUUCUGAACAUGAAGAUUGCUCUGGUACUUUUUGUUACAACGUGUCUUGUUGCAGGGCAAAGAAUAACAACGAUUCAAUUGGACGGGGUUCAGUACUUUGUGUCAAGAAUGAAUCCAUACAGUCCAGAAUUGAACUACUUCCUGGCAUACCAGUACUGCCGCUCAUUGGGCCUGCAAUUGGCGUCAUUCGAGACUAAAGAAAAAGCUGACACGAUGACGCAGUAUCUGAAGAAUGCAGGAUACACGAAAUACGAUUUCUGGACAUCGGGAAAUAAAUUGGGAACUGAUAUGCUAUUGUGGCUGAGCACAGGUCUGCCGUUUAAUGCGACGUUUGAUUACAUGGCAAGACGAGCAAACAGACCCGCCGAUGUCCCGCCGGGAACUGAACCCCAGAGGGUGGCACGCGAGAGUGAUGCCAGUGGUAGCGCAGACGCUUGUGUCGCAAUGAUGGCGCCGACACUGGCAUGGGACACAGAGGAUUGUACACACGUCAAAGAUUUCAUCUGCGAGCAAACGAGAUGCUACUAUUACAAUUACGGGAGCAUACCAGUUUCGGCAACUCAGGGAAACCGUAGGCCUUACGCAACAACGACAACCGUACCGGAAACUGACCGAGAUGAAGCGGACAGGCUGGACACGUCUCCCACAAAUGACGAAAUUACUGAAUCAAAAUCAGACGACCACGAAGAACCGGAGAAUACCGAAGUGUCAUCCGAGGCAUCUGCCAUUUCCGAAGAUCCCGUGGUUGGUAGACUCAUGAGUACACUGAGUGCAUCAUCCACGAAAAAAGAACAAGUCCUGCCAGUUGAGAAAACCACUAGGCCCGAAGACAUUCCGAACAUAGCGAGUCUUUUCACGAAAGGCCCGGGCGUGCAGCCACGCAUUGAGACACUCUUCGAUGGUCUAGAGACCCACGAGAUUCGUUCCCUCCAGCGCAAAAAUCAGCAGAAUCAAGAAAAAAUCUCCGAGCAUCCCGAAUCAUCUGAUUAUGAAAACGUCGAUACGAAAACUGAAAUGCCAGAUAAUGGCCUAGAGGAUGCGAAGACUAUUGGCCCUUACGAUAGCAACCAGGAUUACGUCAACGAUCAGCCGGAAACAUUAACGGGCCAUGAUGCCUCUAAGGGUCAGGAAGAGGACACAAGUACCAUUUUACCGGAUGCCGAGCCAGCCUACAGAUACAACAUCAAAGUCCGCAGUAACGGCAAAGUAUUAGACCCUCCGUCCAAGUAAUAUACUUUUUAAUCAUUUACAAGUUAUCAUUUAAGAGUAUUUCGUAGAAUUUUUUGACGAUUUUUCAAACUUGAAAAUUGAUUUUCUUAUUAUUUUCAUUAAUAUCUCUGGAAGAAGGGAGUUUGAGUAAUUCAGGAAGAAACGUAAUUGUUCCAGUGAUAUUCCCAAAAUAAUUUGAAAUAAUCGACAAUUUCGGGACUUCACUCCUUUGAAAUUAUCAGGAAAUAAUUUUGAUUGUGAACAAUGAUUCUUAUAUGAUUCAGUAUUUUCAUGAAGAAAAAUCGUGUGAAAUCACUUUUUAUGUGUAAAACGAAGUAUGAUACGAUGUCACGUAAGAUCAAGUUUUGUAUGAAACAAUCGACCUCUGCCGUCAAUUAGGAAUACGAGUGCAAGACGAAAUGUUCUUUGGGAAAAUUUUGAAAGUUGAAGGAAAAUCAACACUGCCGAAAUAUUCUUCGUCUCCUUGUACUGCAACGUUUCUGUCAUCCAGUCGUAUUCCCCUCACGAUUAGAAAUGUAUUGUAAGAUUUCUCCAUUUAUGUUUUUUUAAUCAAUAAAUACGGAACGCGAGACAAGUGCGAGAGGAAUUAUGAAGUAAUUACGUAUGAGUGAUUAAUAAAAUUAAAUAUCAUUAUCUUAAAAUUAUUAGAUUUGAUAAUAGGAAUCCACAAUGCCUCACCAUCCAUUGAUGACACCUUCGAUGUUGAGCAUCGGAACUAUUUUGAAAAUGUAGUCGUUCCGAAGACUUCUCAUGUAGGUGGAAUUGUCGAGGAGAGUUUCCAGGGUUCCAUGCAUCACCCAAGAUGCGUUACUCUCCCCCGGAUGCACUCGGGAAGUUAUGAAGAUCAUUU